AUGUCGAUUCGUAGUUUGACUUUGUCAUUGGUGUUCUUGGCUUCGGCCUACGCCUCCGCAAUUCCCCGGCAGCGUCGGGCGACAGCGCCAAAGUUCUCUAGUAUUGUGGUAUUCGGGGAUUCAUUCAGCGAUAACGGAAAUGGUUCGGCUAGAGUGUCAAAUGGUUCAUGGCCUUCGGACGAAUACUACAACGGACGCUUCUCGAAUGGCAUCGUCUGGUCCGAGUAUGUAGCAGGCAGCUUGUCUAUCCCGCUGUACGACUACGCUGUUGGAGGGGCGACAACAUCCAACUCUCUCAUCCAAGGAUACACUGGGCCAAAGAGUUCGAUUGCGGUGCCGUCAGUCGUCGACCAGUCUGUUUCCUUCCUCGGCAAGACGACACCUCAAGGGGAAGGAUUCUCGACGACCGACUCGGCGGCGAUGGCAACGCCCCUUUUCGUGCUGUUCGCGGGUGCCAACGACAUCCUGUUCAACGCAAACAUCAGUGCUUCUCAGUCAUACCAGGCUCUCGCACAAGUCGAGACUCAGCUGCGCGACGCCCAUCCGACUUCCGAGAUCCUGACUAUCUCACCACCGGACUUGGCUAGGCUUCCUUACGGCUUUUUCGUGGACGGCGUGGCCAAGCAACAGCUGGAAACCUACACAAACCACCUGGGGGAACUCCUGGCCACGUCAAAAACCGGCGCUGUCAACAUCGACUUGCGUCCUCUGUUCGAUGAUUUCGAGUACUAUGCGGCCCCCGAAUCGUACGGCUUCACGGCCCUCGGCAAAUACGGAAGCUGUCUAGUUGGAGCGUAUGGCGAGACGCCCAACGUGACGAUCUGCGGGGACGCCGAGAGACGGGUUUACUGGGACGAGUAUCACCCGACAACACUCACGCACUCGUGGAUUGCCAAGCGAGUUUUGGAUGUGCUGAGUGGCCCAUUCUGA